AAAGGAAAACGUCAUUUUCGUAAGGCCGUGUUCAUAUCCGAUCCAAACUGACUUCGGCGUUUUCACCUGCUUGAUUGAAACGCCCUCUCCCCAAGCCCCUGUCGUUCGAUCUCCCGAUCCCGCCACCGGAGGCGAUGGCGGCGGCGCCGGCGGUAAGGUUUCCGGUCUCCGGCCUCGUGCGGCUGCUGGGCUUGGCCGCCGCGGCGGGCAUCCUCUUCUGGGCCGUCCACUACCGCGGCGGCAUGGCUCUGUCCACCGACGAGGAGAGCAAGCUCCCGAUUUUCAACGUUCACCCUGUGCUGAUGCUGAUUGGUUUGGUAACCUUGAACGGUGAAGCUCUUUUGGCCUAUAAAACCGUGCCAGGAACCAAAAAAUUGAAAAAGCUAGUGCACCUUGCCCUGCAGUUCCUUGCCAUGUUUUUGUGUUUAAUUGGUCUCUGGGCUGUCUGGAAGUUCCACGAUGAAAGAAAAAUCGAUCACUUAUAUACACUUCACUCAUGGUUGGGACUCACUUGCAUCAUCUUCUUCAGCUUGCAGUGGGCUACUGGAUUUUGGACCUUUUGGUAUCCUGGUGGAUCAAGAAGUGGCCGCGCAUCUCUCCUUCCCUGGCAUGUCUUCUUUGGUAUAUUCAUCUAUGCUCUUGCUAUCGCCACAAGUGUGAGUGGACUCCUAGAGAAGUCAAUAUUUAUGCAGAGUGCCAAAAUGAUUGGGCGCUUCUCCACAGAAGCCAUGUUUAUGAACUCGCUGGGGAUGCUGCUAGUGGUACUGGGCGCCCUUGUUAUUCUUGCAAUUGUUAGUCCUGGACCUGGUAAGAUUGACACAUACCGAGGCUCUUCAGAGUAAGCCGAAGUGGUUACAGUUCAGUUUCCUGCAAUUUUAGCCAGUCACUGAGCAUUGUAUGUACAUGUCGUUGAAGCCAGAAUUGUGAUUUCGGUCCUCUGAUAUGGAUAGUCAGUGCUGAGGAUAACCUCGUUCCUGUAACAAGGUUCACUUCAUUCCAGUAGCAUAUUUGUGGAUCAAGCUGACUGAAAUUACAUCCCAGAUUUUUCUGUAGACCAAGACUCCCAUAUACUUUGGUUUUAUACAUUGGAAUAUGGGAUAUAAUAAGUAGAGCUUUGUUUUGGAUGAGCAGAGAUUACAUUUACCUCAGUUUAAAUUAGAAGAUCAUGAUUGCACCCUUGACAGUUGA